UCACAAGUGUUCUUUGGAUGGAUGAAGCUAGCUAGUUAAUCCAUUAUUACGUGUAAUAACCUUAGCUUUUUGUUCGGUUUCCCAGAAGCUGCCCACAUUCACUCGCGAGGUGGGUUGCCAGACUGAUCCCCCGAAAAGGAGAACUGUUUCCACACAGCUUGGAACUCACACUCUGCUGCACAACUGUGUCAAAAGUCAAGCUACACAGGUCAGUGUUGCCACUGCAAGCAUUGGUGUUGGGAGCAAUGCGAUUUCUCCCCUGGUCCUACCCAUCCUGACCUCAACACCAGAAAAGCAUGGCACAGCAGACUCUCCUCCCUCCAAACGGCCCCGUGUAUAUUGUGAUGACUCCAUCGAAGUCCCAGAAGAUGACGACUCUACCUACAAUCCUGGAGACUCUGUCGUGACCGAGUCCACAAUUCUAUCUCAAUCCCCAGCAUCAAUUCAUGAGACACCCAAAUAUAUAGUCUUCGAGGACUGUCUCAUGACGUUAUUUGAGACAUGCCCGACAUGCCGCAUGAGGUGCCAGGUCCAGAAGAUUGUGCGGGGGACCUUCUUGUCUGUUGACCAGAGUUGCCUACACUGCCUCUACAACAGAAAGUGGAUGAGCCAGCCGCUUCUUGGAAGCACACCUGCUGGCAAUCUGCAGCUGUCUGCAGCCAUCCUCUUCUCAGGAUCAUCAUUCAUUCAAACAAAUAAGGUACUGAACACAAUGCGAGUGAAGACGAUCAGCAGUGCCACCUUCCAUGUCCAUGCCCGCUCAUACCUGCAGCCAACCAUUUUCUACAAAUGGAAGACAGACCAGGAGGAGCUGCUGCAGUCACUGAGGCAGAAGGAGACGGUUUCUUUUGCUGGGGACAUGAGGGCAGACUCUCCUGGGCAUUCAGCCAAGUAUGGAUGCUACUCCAUGAUGGAGCUGGACAGCAAUGUCAUUGUAGACAUUCAGAUGGUCCAGAGCAACGAGGUGGGCGGCAGUGGCAGGAUGGAGAAGGAGGGUCUGAAAAGGAGCCUGCAGUUCCUUGAGGAGUCUGGUCUGACUGUGGGAUGCCUUGUCACGGACAGACACCCUCAAAUCCAGAAAUACAUCAGAGAAGAGAAGCCUGCAGUGAUUCACUACUAUGACGUUUGGCAUGUGGCAAAAAGUAUGACCAAUUAUCUCUUUAAAAAAUAUAUAUAUUUUCUUUGAGUAUCCCACUUGUAAUUACAGCUUGGUCAAGCUUUUGCAUUCUAUUUCCAAGUCAGAAAUGUAGAUGUUUCUAGUUUACCACCCUAAUGUAGCAUUAAACCUAAUGUAUGCCAUGCAGAUGUCAUAAUGUACCCUAUGAUUUGCUAUUUUUAUGUUCAUAUU